AUGGCACAAUUCAUACCUCGCACCACAUUCCCUCAACAACUUUCUCUCCCUCGCUCCUAUUAUCUAGGUCAUCAUGCAUCAGGUCUCUCUCGAAUGAAGACCAUGCUCUCAAUGAUCGACCUCAUAAUCGAAUGUCGAGAUUAUCGCGUCCCUCUUACAUCUCGAAAUCCAUUAUUUGAACAAUCACUUGCGGGGGGGGAAAGAGUUAUUGUUUAUACAAAACGCGAUUUGGGGAAUCAAGGUUUGGCUGUAGAUAAAAAGAGAGAAUCAAUAAUAAGAGAUUGGCAUAAACCCUCACCUACCCUCUUCUCAAAUCACAAAUCUAGACCCGACGUCCAAAGUAUCCUUUCCCUCUGCAGAGAACAUGGCAUCAACCAUCAAUCCCUAACCGGCUCUCGAAUCCUCAUCGUUGGUAUGCCUAACGUUGGGAAGUCUUCUUUAAUAAAUGCACUACGAAUGGCUGGUGUAAAGAGAGGCAAAGCAGCAUUUACAGGCGCCCAACCGGGUGUUACGAGGAAAAUCGCUUCGGGGGUCAAGAUCGUAGAUCCGGAUCCGGAAACCGGGAUAGAGGGUGUGUACUUGGUUGAUACGCCUGGUGUAUUCAUACCAUUCGUACCGGAUACGGAUAGUAUGUUAAAAUUGGCAUUGGUGGGAAGUGUCAAGGAUACCAUCAUAGCACCCACGACAUUGGCGGAUUAUCUACUAUUUCAUAUUAAUUUGAAGGUGGGAGGGGGGGUGUAUAAAGAUUAUUGUGGGGAGACGAAUGAUGUUGUGGAGUUUCUGGAGGCGGUUUGUAAGAAGACGGGACGAUUAGGGAAGGGAGGGGUGCCGGAUAUGGAGGCAGCGGCACUGUGGGUGAUUCAAAGGUGGAGACAAGGACAUUUGGGGAAGUUCCUAUUGGAUGAGGUGGAAAAGGAUGGAUUAGAGAAGAAGGUAGUAGAGGAGGUUAGGUUGAGUGUUAAUCAGGCGAGGAAACAAGCUAAGGAUACUCAGAGGAUGAGGUCCAAGGCGAAAAGGUCGGAAUCGAUGGGUUGA